AUCAAAAUAUCAACCUUGAAACAAUAUGAAGUCUUCAUCAUCUUCUAAUAGUGGAAUUGCAUUUGGAAAGGAAUCUGUUCUCUUACUUGAAAAUGUAUUUUCUGAUAUUGAUCCUCGAUUUGUCCUUCAGGUAAGAAAGGGAGAUUUGACCAUGGAAAAAGUCGAUGUCAUUGUGAAUGCUGCUAACUGUAGACUUCAACACAUGUCUGGUUUGGCCGGAGCUAUUGUAAAGAAUGGAGGUCAAAUUAUUCAGAAGGAAAGUAAUAAAUUGAUUAAAGAUUUGGGAAGAGAAUUAGAAAAUGGUGAAGUUGUGGAAACAAUUAGUGGAGAUUUACCUUGUAAAACAUUAUAUCACGCUGUAGGACCUAUUUGGAGUAGUAGAAAGGCAAAUGAUUUCAAAACUCUUGGAGCUGAACAGGAAGAUUUCGAAUUGGGAAUGUGUGUUGAAGCCUCACUUAAUAUGGCAGUAGAAUCUGGUUUGUCUAGCAUUUCUCUUCCUGCCAUUUCGUCUGGAAUUUUCGGUUUCCCAAAGGAUAGAUGUGCCAAGGUAUUGUUUAAUACGGUGACUGAGUUUUUGAAAUCCAACAAGGAUAACAUUAAGGCCGAUCGAUUUGAGGUCAGAUUUACCAACUUUGAUGAUGAGACAUGUAAUAUUUUCUCUAAGGAAUUCAAGAGUAGAUUUAAUUAAAUAUCACCUUAUUUAUCUAUCCAUAAAAA